AUGCGCGCUUCUACCCUCCUCUUCGGUCUCCCUUUGACAAUAGUUGCGGCUGUCAGCUGCAGGGCGACCAACUCAACAUGCCACUUCGUACCAUCAAUCAAUGCCACGGCUACGAACUAUCCUAGAGCCGAUAAGGAAGCGUCAUUCCCAUACGACAUUACAGUUCUCUCCCAAGUUCCGGUCGCCGAUAUAUGUACCUCACCCAGUGGCAGCGUCGAUGACGAACUCGCCUGUGCCCGCAAAUACAUCGACGCCAUUGACGAACAAAUGGCGUUCCUCUAUGCCCGGCGCCUCGGGUACGCAGCCGUAGCUGGGCAUGCCAAGUACCGCAACGGGACUGACCUCAAUGACGCGAGCCGGAAUGCCGUCGUGGCUGAGGGCAUGGCUCGCCGUGUAUUGAAAUACGGUGGUAGUGAGGAGGUGGGGAGAGUCAUGGGCGGCGAGGCGUGCCAGAUAUAUGCCAGUUUGCUCUUUGAGGAGGAGAAUAUCCAAGAUGUCUGCAAUCCUGACUUCAAGGAGGAUAUUCCCCGCCCUUGCGAUGCUUUCUGA